AUGUACCCUAGAAGUGUCACUCGUUAAGCUAUGUUGAGGCAAAUAGACUCACUCAAUUAGUAAAUUGAACAAGGGAGAUAGAACCACGAAAAUGCAAUCAAAUAAAUUAGAGCUGAUUAAUUAAAAGAGAUGGAAGCCAUUUAAGAUGAAAUUAAAAAGUAUAAAGAGAUCAUGUCAAAUGGGCAGUUUCAGUCGUACUUCAAGAUGAAGAACGAUAACACUAAACUAUUCUCAGAGAAUGCAAUGCUAAGAGAAAUGCUUAAAGCUGGGUAAAUCGCAAAUUCUACUAAGGAAAUAGAAGUAUCGCGACUCAAAUAGAAAUUGCGUAAAAUUGAAGGUAAAUCAUUGGAAGUUAGAAAGGAAUCGAGCAAUUAAUCUAGACAAAAGGAAUACUCAAUUUUAAGAAAAUGCUUAAAUUAGAGACACUCCACUUAACCAUCAUUAGAUGAAUCUAAUAUAGAACCACUACCUAAACUACUGUCUAUAAAAUUCAAACUUAAUUGA